AUAAUGUAGCUUCAUCGGAAAAAGCCGGUGAGUUAUAUUGGUGCUCUCGUUUUCAGCUCUACACUUGUGUCAGCCAAUUGGGUCCCCAUCAGUAAGGGUGAAACUUGUAUCACUUCCUCACGUGUAGUAUAUAUAUAAAUUUCUCAGAGCUGGAAACUUAAAAACCAUUGCAUCAAAUAGCUAGCCAAAAGAGGCUAUGGUUUCUCAACUGUAGAGCUGUUUUUUUUUUGUUUUUUUCUGGGUUUUCCUUUUGAUAAGAGUCUCGAUGUUGGUGCUUCCUGCUUGUCGUGUGGCUGUGUUUGGCUUCUGGAUUUUCUUGGUAUUGGCUGCAAACUGCUGCUGUGGUGAGAAUAACACAGUGGUGGUGGUGGGAGGUGCAGAAUGUGCAGAUUGUGUGCAACAUAAUAUUAAGACCAGCCUGGCCUUUACGGGGCUUCAUGUGACCAUUGAGUGCAAGUCUGAAAAUGGAAAGCUCAAAACAAGAGGGGGAAGUGAACUGGAUCAAGAAGGGAAAUUCAGAGCAAAUCUUCCCAGAUAUAAUGAGAUUACAGAAGAUGGAGGAGAAAAACUGAAAGAGGAUUGUUUUGCACAGCUUCACAGCGCAUCCGGUGCACCGUGCCCGAUUCAGAACCAUCAAAAAGACUCGAAAGUUGUUCUCAAAUCAGAAGCAAAUGGGAAACAAGUCUUUGGAUUGAAUGGAAAUCUCAAAUUUUCUCCCAUCACCUGCACUUCAGCCUUCUUGUGGCCUUACUUCAAGCACCCACCAUUACACAAGUUCCCUUUUUAUUUUCCUCCACCACUCCCACCUCAGACACUUCCACCAUCAAGACCAGUAAACACCAACCCACCUCCACCUCAACCCGAGGCCUCUCCACCACCAUCACCGGUGUACAGUUACCCGCCUCCACCAGCUGUACCAGUGUACAAUAACCCACCCCCUACAGAGCCCGAGGGCUCUCCACCACCACGACCACAACCACCAUUAUAUAACAACCCACCUCCAUCAGCUGUACCAGUAUACAAUAACCCACCCCCUACGGAGCCAGAGGGCUCUCCACCACCACAACCACGACCACAACCACCUCCACCACAACAGCAGCCACUUCCACCACCACCAUUAUAUAACAACCCACCUCCAUCAGCUGCACCAGUAUACAAUAACCCACCCCCUACAGAACCCGAGGACCCUCCACCACCACGACCACAACCACCUCCACCACAACCGCAACCACUUCCACCACCACCAUUAUACAACAACCCAGCUCCAUCACCAGCACCAGUAUACAACAACCCUCCUUCAGCAAAACCUAAGGCCUCUCCACCACCGGUGCCAGUAUACAACAACCCAGCUCCAACACCAAGCCCAGUGUACAUAGAGCCAAUUUCACCAGCUACUCCAAGUCCCGAUUAUGGUCAAAUUCUUCCACCACCCUCUCCAGUUUAUAAGAAGCCACUUCCUCCUCCAGCAGUUCCAGUAUACACCAAGCCACUUCCACCGCCACCAACACAAAAACCAAAAUUCACUAAGCCACUUCUACCGCCUAAACCAGUAAUUGAAAAGCCACUUCCACCUCUUGCAUCACCACACAAAUCAUUCCCUCAAAUCCCGAAAGCUCCUCCAAUCCCUCAACUUCCGCCGACUCCAACGAACCCACGGAGGUUUUUCAACAAACCCACGGUUGGGCACCAAUCCCCCCUUCCACCUUCACCGUCUCAUGCCUAAGAGUACUCUGCAUUUUCCCAGAUCACUAUAGUGGGUGUCAUUUGAAUAAAAGAUUUUAGGCCAAUAUUUGUUUGUUUGAUAUUGGUAUGUUUUGAAGCUAGGCAAGAGAAAUAAGCAAGAUAAAAA